UUUGAUAGUAGAAUCCAAAAUUUUGAUAAGUUUUCGUAGACUGGGGGAUAAAAAGGGCAGAGAAUAUAUGAUUGAUUGGUGAGCGGUGAAGGAGAAGAGAGAAGGAGACCAACAACAGAGUCACAUUCCAUUAAUGAAUAACUUCAAUGUUGCUCUUAGUCAUGAGGAGGUGGAGGAGCCUCUCAAAAGAACUGGAACGGUAUGGACAGCAAUUGCACAUGUAAUAACAGGGGUAAUAGGGGCAGGAGUACUGUCCCUUGCAUGGAGCACGGCUCAGCUAGGGUGGGUCGGUGGUCCACUCACUAUGCUGGUCUUUGCUGCCAUCACCAUUGUUUCAGCAGACCUUCUCUGUGAUUGCUACAGAUCUCCUGAUCCUGAAUAUGGCCCCACCAGGAGCAAAUCCUAUGUGGAAGCUGUUAAAUUGUAUUUAGGUCAUAAAAGAAUAAGUGGACUGUUUUUGCAGGAAAGCAUGUAUGGGUGUGGAGUCGCCUUUGUUAUUACCUCCGCAGCUAGUGUUAGAGCAAUUCAGAAAUCAAACUGUUAUCACAAAGAAGGGCACGAGGCUUCAUGUGACUAUGGGGAUACAGUGUAUAUGGUGCUAUUUGGAGUAGUACAGAUUGUAGCGUCACAGAUUCCAGAUUUCCACAACAUGGCAUGGCUCUCUUUUGUUGCAGCAAUCAUGUCCUUCUUUUACGCUUCCAUUGGCUUUGUACUUGGCUUUGCAACUGUCAUUAAAAAUAAGAAGAUCAUGGGGAGCAUUGGAGGAGUCCCAGCAGGCACUGCAACUAAGAAAUUGUGGUUGGUCUUUCAAGCACUUGGAGAUGUUGCUUUUGCCUAUCCAUAUACAAUGAUUCUUUUAGAAAUACAGGAUACUUUGAAGUCGCCUCCGCCAGAAAACCGGGCCAUGAAGAAGGCCUCCAUGUCUGCAAUCUUUAUCACCACCUUCUUCUACCUCUGUUGUGGAUGCUUCGGAUACGCAGCCUUCGGGGAUAAAACACCUGGAAACCUCUUGUCAGGAUUCGGAUUCUAUGAGCCCUUCUGGCUCAUUGAUUUCGCUAAUGCUUGCAUUAUUCUACAUCUAGUUGGAGGAUAUCAGGUAUACAGUCAGCCAGUGUUUGCAAUUGCAGAAAGAUGGUUUGGUAAGAAGUAUCCAAACAGCGGAUUUGUGAACAAUUUCUACAACUUCAAGCUCCCAUUGUUGCCGGGUUUUCAGUUGAAUCCGCUUAGGCUAUGUUUUCGGACAUUUUAUGUUAUAUCAACCACCGUAAUUGCAGUGAUCUUCCCUUACUUUAACCAAGUUUUGGGAGUGUUAGGGGCACUAAACUUUUGGCCCUUGGCAAUAUAUUUCCCUGUGGAAAUGUACCUUGUGCAGAAGAAGAUUGGGGCUUGGACUACAAAGUGGAUUGUUCUUCAAACUUUUAGCAUUGUUUGCUUGAUUGUCUCAAUACUGGCCUUGAUUGGGUCAGUUGAAGGACUUAUAAGGGCAAAACUGAGCUAAGGAAAAUGUUUUUUCUUUUUUUUUUUUUUUACUUCAGAAUUUUCAUACAGUAUCAUUCAUCAGAAUAGUGUGUUAGUGAUAUUUUUGAUAUUACAGUGUUUGGGAUUUUUGUUUUAAUGUGAUAGGCACUUAAGUUUGUUAUUGCAUUCUAUAUGUAUUUUUUGAAAUCUAUAACGUGCAUAUGUAAAAAGAGCACAUUUUAAGAAA